ACUCAGGAUCCUCAUGCUAGCGAUGGGUGACUGCCGUUCAGGGGGACAAAGGCAAUACAAAUCCAAGUGACACAAAAAGAAAAAAGAAUGAAAGCCCACGGAAUAGAAACCAUUGACAUAUGGGGGCGCUUCCUUCCAGACCCCUUGCUUUGCACGGGUGGCACUUUGGCUUUAUAGAAUCUUAUCUUUCCAUCGUUCAAAAGGAAUCAUAUCACAUAUCAGUUUUGCAUCUGCAUUUUUCACUUAUUAAUAUGUCAGGGGAACAUAGACAAGCCUCAUCGCAUAGAAUGAGUAAGUAUAUGCUGUGGUAUGGAUGUAUCAUAGUUCUGUUUUACCAGUUCCCUAUUGGGAGCAUUUAAAUCAAAUUUUCCGUAUUAUAAAUUAUGCACAGUUGCCUGAUUAUUUCUCUAAGCUAAAUUGCUUGGUCAAAGUAUGUGUCUAUUUAAAAUUUUGAUGUUUUCAAAUUUCACUCCAGAAAGUACACAAGAAUGCCUUUUCCCCUCACACAUACUGAGUAUUGUCACUCUUUUUUCCUUUAAUUUGCCAGUUUGUGAUUUUUGUCAGUAUCACUGCUUACUUGUGAGUUUGAACAUCUAUUUUAUGGAUCAUUUUUAGUUCUUGAGAAUUUCCCUUUUGGCCAUUUAUUUUCUUGUAGGGUUCAUCUUUUUAAAUUUUUAAUCUGUAUGAACUCUUUUUUUAUUGGGCUUAUAAAUUCUGUGUCAUAAAUAUCUCAGGCAUUUUUUUCCUUUUUUUCUCUUUCAGCCUUGUUUGUGCUUUGUUCUGGUUUUGGGUUUUUUUGCAUUUCAGCCUUAUUCAAGAACUCCUUGAAAUUUUCAUUUGAUCAAAAUUUCCUUUAUGGUUUCUAGAUUGUUUCCUUAUAGUGGAGUGACUGGAAGGUUUUCCCCACUUCAAAAUAAUUGAAAUGUUCGUCCAUAUUUUAUUUCAGUGUUUUUCCAGGUUCAUUUUUCUCCCAUUUGAAUCUUUAAUCCAUUUGGAGUAUUUUUUGGUAUAAGGAGUGAUAUGUCUCAAUACCUCUGGAGGUUUUUCACAUCCUACUCUGGCUUUUAAACAUGGCUAGUGAAAACCAAGAUAUGAGCCUUCCGAACUAUGACCGGAAGUGAGAGGUGCCUCACUGCCUUUCCAUUUGUUAAUGUGUCUCGGGUAUUUGGAAGUGGAACUGUGGUAGGCUGACGUGAGACGCCCGCUGGCAGGAGAACUCACAUGCACAUUAAAUUCCAGGCAUUAUUUGACGACUCCUUACUACUGAAUGUUCAAUUGAGGAAAUUGAAGGUCUUUCACACAGGAGAAAUAAAUCAAGAAGUUUUCCAGCAGCUGAGGCUCGCAUCCUUUGAGCUGCCGUGCGUGGCCCUGGCUCCGGGGACCACCCUUCCGAGCAGGAUGUCGCUGAGAUCCCUGAAGUGGAGCCUCCUGCUGCUGUCACUCCUGAGUUUCCUCGUGAUGUGGUACCUCAGCCUGCCCCACUACAACGUGAUCGAGCGCGUCAACUGGAUGUACUUCUACGAGUAUGAGCCCAUUUACAGACAAGACUUCCACUUCACGCUUCGAGAGCAUUCAAACUGCUCUCUUCAAAACCCAUUUCUUGUCAUCCUGGUGACCUCACACCCCUCAGAUGUGAAAGCCAGGCAGGCUAUUAGAGUUACCUGGGGUGAAAAAAAGUCUUGGUGGGGAUAUGAGGUUCUUACGUUUUUCUUACUAGGCCGACAGGCUGAAAGGGAAGACAAAGUGUUGGCAUUGUCCUUAGAGGACGAACACCUUCUUUAUGGCGACAUAAUACGACAGGAUUUUUUAGACACAUAUAAUAACCUGACCUUGAAAACAAUUAUGGCAUUCAGGUGGGUAACUGAGUUUUGCCCCAAUGCCAAGUACAUCAUGAAGACAGACACUGAUGUUUUCAUCAACACUGGCAAUUUAGUGAAGUAUCUUUUAAAUUUAAACCAGUCAGAGAAAUUUUUCACAGGUUAUCCCCUCAUUGAUAAUUACUCCUAUAGAGGAUUUUACCAAAAAUCUCAUAUUUCAUACCAGGAGUAUCCCUUCAAGGUGUUCCCUCCCUACUGCAGUGGGCUGGGUUACAUAAUGUCCAGAGAUUUGGUGCCCAGGAUCUAUGAAAUGAUGAGUCACGUAAAACCCAUCAAGUUUGAAGAUGUUUAUGUUGGCAUCUGUUUGAAUUUAUUAAAAGUGGACAUUCAUAUUCCAGAAGACACAAACCUUUUCUUUUUAUAUAGGAUCCAUUUGGAUGUUUGUCAACUCAGACGUGUCAUUGCAGCCCAUGGCUUUUCUUCCAAGGAAAUUAUCACAUUUUGGCAGGUUAUGCUGAGGAACACCACGUGUCAUUAUUAAUUUGACAUUCUACCAAAAUCAUAGAGAAGGACAGGAUACUGUGUGGAAAGUCUUAAAGUUGGUACUGAAAAAUCUCCAAUGGGAAAUUCACGAGCAGUCGCCGUGCUGGCUGACGCUGAGCUGAGACUCAUGCAGAACUGGAGACUGGAGGCUUCCGCUUGUGGUUCAUUUUGACAGAAAUCAAGUCAGGCCCUUUAAAGAAUGUUCAGAGAAAUGAAAUAGAAAGGAAUUUGGGGGGUUUUGUUAAUAAAAUUAAUAGGACCAAACCAUUUGAACAUGUCCUUCUAUAGACUAGAACUUCUUAAAAGGGUUUUGUUGAGUUAUAAGCUUGCUAGUUCAUACAGCAAAGCAACGUGGAGUUCUAUUUAUUGAACAAUCUAGUCAGUUAAGGGGUUUGUGUAUGUCUUACAUGGAUUACCAAUUUUUAAAAAUAAUUCUGUGUAAAAAAACUCUUAAGUGAUACCAAGCAAAAUUUCAUCUGUUUUUGGUCAUUCAGAGAGUACCUCAAGAUGUUGCAGUAUUUCAGAGUUAUUAUUAUUUAAUAUUACUUAGAACUUUCUGGGUGUUUGAAUGUUAUGGUUGUUUCAAAACUGUAUAAACAGAAUAGUGAGUCACCCUGUACAUCUGAAUCUCUUUCCAGUUACUUCACUGGGGAAUUAGUUAUCGAUAGCUCCGUUAAUGCGAAGUCGUUGGUCAUUAUUGUGUAUCAGUAAUCUCUUGGACUUUGAUAAAUAUUUUGCCGUGGUAAUGUAGAGAAGAAUUAAAGCAAGAAGAUCUGUCUUGUUUUUAAAAAACAUAAUCCCUGGUGUUUGUAGAUGUCGCUUCGUCUGUCUCAUUUUUCUACCUGGAAAUUAGGAAUAAUACAGGAUGCCAGGCAGCGCGUCUCCUCUUGGAAAGGACUGAAGGGAAAAAGACAAGAGGACCUGGUGACCAGGAUAUCAUGAAAAGCGUGUCAGUUUCAGUCCCUGAGACGGAAAGAAAAGAGUAAAGAUUCGAGUCACAUUGUUAACCUGUUCCAUGUGUUUUCUCCUUCACGGUCAGUUUGAGAAUAAAGAGAAAAAAAACCAUUCUGCUGCUGCUGCUAUUAGUUUCACAUCAGGAGGAAAGCUCCGUUUGUGGUUUAAAAGCGAGUGUGAUCUGUUGCUGGACCCACUGGUGGGUCAGAGAGGACGCUCCUUGCCCCCAGGGGAUGUUCUGGGAUGGUGCAAUUUCCUCCUGUGGCUAUU